AUCGCCCAUCUCUAGUUGCAACCAAAACAAGGAAACAAGAAAGAAAAUAUAAACAUUUCGUAUAUUUCUGUAAAUGUUCUGGAAAUAACCUUUGUAAUCACUUCUCUAGGAGCUAUAUGUACAUACUUAAAGUACUGACAACCCAAGGACGCCUGGCAGUCAAAGCCGAACGAUAGAACGAACAGAUGUAAGCACAAAAUAAUUCCAUCUUUGCUGAGAAAAAUUAGACCGUUCAUCUGGGCUUGCCUAAUCUUGACCAGUUUAUUGUGAAAGCUUGCAGUUACCACAAUGGAGUCUCCGUCGGUCUCCAAGACAGGGAAUGACUUCUUCUACGGCUGGGAUCUGCUCUACAAGACAGUCCAGUCGGAUGUCUACAAGAAGGCGGACCUGCUAAUAGCCCUCGUCCACUUUCUGUUGACCAAACACUACAACUUUCGCUGUGUGGGUGUAGGCGAUGAUAAAACUUUGCCGGAAGAGGAGGGCAGCGAGCUGCUGCCGGACAGCUGGAACGAUGACGAUACCAAGUACUCGCUGCGCUACGUGCAUGACAAGCAGCUCUACCUGCUCUUGGGCCACAUUACCGAGGAUGCCCUGCUGGUCAACAUGAUGGACAUCAAUACCAAGAAGGUGUCCAAUAUCUGCCUCACCCCAGAUACCCUGGUGGUCGUCGUCAAGGGCAGCAUUAACACUGUGAUGCCAACCGCCUCGGAGAUUGUGGAUCGUUAUCGCAAGGAGCUGCUGGAUCCGGUCUUCACGGGCAACUCCCGUGAGGUCACCACCCAGACGACAACAAGCACAACCGCUCCACGCGCAGAUCCAUUACGCAUUGGUGAACCUAGACGUCCAGGAUCCUACACCCCUUACGGUUAUGAUCCUCGCCCUUUUGGCUUUCCGGACAUUGGACGCGGAGACCUGGAUCCACUGGGUCGCGGUGGUCCUGGUAACUUGUUUAGUUUCCCCUCGCGCCCAGAUAUGGGACCUGGGCCAGUGCCUCGCUUCGAUCCGUUUAGUCCCCUCAAUCCCAAUGCAGGCCGUGGACCAAAUCCGGAUCACAUGCGUCCACCGAAUUGGGACUCCGAUUAUUUCAUGUGAUUAUGCCACGGAGCAGCGCAUCGUGAAGCGAUUAAAAUCUUAAGUUAAUAAUAA